CAAUAAUCAACGAAAGCCUACUUGAUUUUAAUAACAGCUUUUAUUGAAGUUUUAUGCUAUAUGUGAGUAAAUUAUAUUCGUUGAGUAUGUAAUUUCUAUGGACAUAUAUGAGGCCACAAUGCUCUGUCUGGCCUGUCUCCUCACGGUGCUCCAGCUGGCCCUGGGCGCCGAGUACCUGCUGCCUGGCGAUGUAGUACCACACCACUACGACCUGUCACUACUGUACGAUGUUGACCCAGCUACAAACUAUAGCUUCUUCGGCAAUGUGGAUAUACUGCUACAAGCCAACGCCAAAACCUCAAAGAUCGUCCUCCACGCAAAAGACUUCGACAUCGACCAAGACAAAGUCACCCUAACUGGUGAGGGAGACUCCAUUGACGUCUCCAAAGUCCAACUAAACGAUACUUUCAACCUGUUGACCAUUGAGUUGGCAAAACCUUUGGAGACUGGGAAGAAUUAUACGUUAACUAUCCCGUAUUCUGGGAACCUUGUGAACGGGUUGGAUGGAGCUUAUAUCAGUAGUUAUGUUGAUAAGAAGACUGGGAGUAAUGAGCACCUGGUGACGACGCAGUUCGAGUCCAUCUCGGCGCGCAAAGCGUUCCCGUGCUUCGACGAGCCGAUGUACAAGGCCUCCUAUAAGGUCACCAUCGGCCACCAUAGAGCUUAUACCGCCAUCGCCAACAUGCCGGUUGAGAGCUCUUCAGAUAACAAUGCCUUGGAGAGUUAUUGGCCGUGGGCUACAGUUACCAAGAAAUUCAAAAAACCUCAAGAACAAUUCGUAUGGGACCACUUCGGCAAUUCUGUUCCAAUGUCCACGUACCUGGUGGCGUGGGUGGUCUCCAAGUUCCAGCACGUGGUUAGCCCCGCUGACCUAUCCAAGACCAAGUUCAGGAUCUGGGCUAGAGGAGAUGCUAUUGAACAGACGGAAUACGCCUCAACAGUCGGCCCCAAAGUCCUCACUCACUUCGAGUCCUGGUUCGGCGUUCCCUUCCCCCUGCCCAAGCAGGACAUGGUGGCCAUCCCUGACUUCGCGGCUGGAGCGAUGGAGAACUGGGGGCUCAUCACGUACCGGGAAACUGCGCUGCUGUAUGACAAGGAACAGUCUUCUUUCUUGAACAAGGAGCGUGUUGCUGAGGUGAUAGCCCACGAAUUAGCCCACCAAUGGUUCGGCAAUUUGGUCACCAUGAAGUGGUGGUCGGACUUAUGGCUGAACGAGGGUUUCGCGACGUUCGUGGCCUCCAUCGGCGUGGCGGCUGUCGAGCCCGAAUGGAAGGCUGAAAGGGCGUACGCUGUGGAUAACCUCAUGUCUGUUUUGAAUCUAGAUGCUCUGGAAUCCAGUCACCCUGUAUCCGUCCCGAUCGACGAUCCGAAGCGCAUCGCGGAAAUCUUUGAUGAAAUUUCAUACCGCAAGGGAUCUUCUCUCAUUCGCAUGAUGACCAUGUUCCUGGGAGAGGAGGUGUUCAGAAAGGCCAUUAACAACUACCUCGUAAAAUACUCCUACCACAACGCCGAACAAGACGACCUGUGGGCCGAGCUGACGGCCGUCAACCAGCAGCACGGGGGGCUGUCCCGCAACGUCUCCGUCAAGACCAUCAUGGACACCUGGACUAAGCAGACUGGCUACCCGCUCCUCACGGUGAUGAGGGAUUAUAGUGACGGCACACUGUCUAUUACACAGAAACGCUACCUCGCCGUGGGCAACAAGGCCUCCUCCGACUCCCAGCCCUCCUGGUGGGUGCCCCUCAACGUACUCUGUCAGAACGAGGUGGGACAAAAGCCGGAACCUGUAGAGUGGCUAGCUGCUGACGAGGGUUUGCAGAUGGGACAUCGGUACAAACACGGAUCCGGGGCUGGCGAGUGGGUGCUCUUCAACGCUGAGAUGAUUGCCCCAUACCGCGUGAACUACGACGCUGACAACUGGCGCCUCCUGUCCAAGACCCUCAACAGUGAGAACUACGCCAGCAUCCCGGUGCUGAGCCGCGUUCAGCUCAUGACGGACUCGUUGGAGCUCGCCUGGACUAAUGUGCUGGAUUAUGAACAUGCUCUGCAAAUGGUGAAAUAUCUGAAUCGCGAGACCGACUAUCUGCCUCUCUCCACCGGCCUCCGCGGCCUCAGCAAGAUCGAGAACGUGAUCAAGCGCAGUCCAGAGUUCGGAGCGUUCCAGAAGUUCAUGAGAGGACUCGUUGCUGAGAAUUACGAGAGAGCUGGUGGCCUGUCGAAAAAGGCUAUUCUGAAUGGUGAUCAGCUGAACAGCGUCAAGCUACAGGUGCUGACUAGUUCAUGGGCUUGCCGCAUGAAGGUUCCUGGCUGCGAAGAGAACGCUAUUGAAUUGUUCCAACGGUGGAUGUCUUCUGACACUCCCGACGAAGACAACCCGAUCCCAUUGGACCUCCGCCGCACCGUAUACUGCGUGGGAAUAUACCGAGGAAGUGUGGUCGAGUGGAGGUUCCUGCUGGAACGCAAACGUCACUCCAACGUGGCUUCACAUUCCGAUGACAUUCUGCAAGCGCUAGCUUGCACCAGGGAGAUCUGGAUCCUUAACCAAUACCUGGAAUGGGCGAUCACGGACGGCUCGGAGGUCCGUAAGCAGGACUCCAUCGGCGUAAUCAGUGCAGUGACUCGAUCCACCGUCGGGUACUAUGUAGCAAGGGACUUUAUCUACAACCGUAUUGGUGAUAUUGAGAAGAGGUUCCGUGGUUCGGAGACCAGAAUCGGCAGGAUAAUGAGGACUCUUCUGGAACAGUUUACAACGCAGAAGGAAUUAGAUGAGUUCGAAGCCUGGGCAGCCCAGCACAGCAAGGUCCUCGAAGGCGCCAAGCUCGCCGUGAAGCAGGGCAUCGAGAAGGCCCGCGUCAACAUCGACUGGAUCGCCAAGAACAAGGAGAAGGUCAUCAGCCUCAUGCGGCUGUCUGCCACAAAUGAAAACCUACUAGAAUGGUGGAAGAACUUUUUUAGAAGUAACAGCGGGAGUGUCGCUAAGGUUUUCACGAGGACAGUCAUAAUGUGUGUUAUAGCGCUUCUGGUCGUAUGAUAAAUAAGUUUUCAAACAAACUUUAUAGGUCAUACACAGCACUUAUUUACGACUCUAAUAAUGUUACGGAAAAGUAAAAUGGACAGAAGUGAUUCCAAACAUGAUUUUGACUGCCAUUUGGCAUGUCCCAAAAAAUCGUUGCAUAUGCCAAUAUUAUUCAAGCUAACGGCAAUCUGACACGAAAACGGAGCGACAGAUUAAUUUGACAAUACAAUAUUAUAAUGACAGCUUAUCUGAUGAUGAAGACCGAAGGUGGGCAUAGGAACUAUAGUGGUAAAACUAAUCUAAAACCUAACCAGUAAUAUAUGAUCUCGCGCCAUAUUGCGGAAUUUCAUUGGAACUAAAUUUUUCAUACUAAACAUCAGAAUAACAGCGCCCUCUUGAUAACGAUCCUAUAUUUCUGGUCGGGCUCUAAUUGUUGGUUAACCUUUUGAACGCCAAGCCUAUCGCACGCGGCGCGUAAUCGGGAACCUUGUCGGUACGCAUGAAGGUUGAUAUUGGGCUGUAGCCGCGCGCGUCAUAUGACAUCUUUGGCGGUCAAAAGGUUAAACUGGUUUUUAAGAAUGGUCUUUUAAAAAUGAUUAAUUUUUAAUUGAUAACUGUUGAAAGUAAAGAAAAGUACAGACCGCAAUAAAAGCUUGUAUCCACAAUGUUUUCUUUUAGAAAUAACUUAUAUGUCGCUUCGCCCGUCGCGGCAGGUUGCGGUAUCAGUGUGUGAUACAUAUGUAUUAUUGUACAUAAAAUAUGCAUACAAAUAAAAUACUUUUUAUCGAUA